AGGAGGCUCAGAGUCCGGCCAGGCGAGCCCCGGCAUGGCACUGCCUCCCAGGCUCUGCCUGCUCGCCCUGCUGGGGCUGGAGCUUGGCGUGUGGGGCUCACCCGCCUGCCAGGACCCCCGAGGGCAGCCCCGCCGCUGCAUGCCCGUGUUUGAGAACGCCGCCUUCGGCCGGGUAGUCGAGGCCACCAACACCUGCGGUUCCCCUCCCGAGGACUACUGCCUGCAGAUGGGUGCCCGCCACGCCAGCACCCUGUGCCACCGCUGCGAUGCCACCGACCCCCAGCUCCACCACAACGCCUCCUUCCUCACCGACUUCCACAGCCAGGAGGAGAGUACCUGGUGGCAGAGCCAGUCCAUGGCCUUCGGCAUCCAGCACCCCAACUCCGUCAACAUCACCCUCCACCUGGGCAAAGCCUACGAGAUCACCUACGUGAGGCUGAAGUUUCACACCAGCCGCCCCGAGAGUUUCGCCAUCUACAAGCGCAGCCGCGCCGGGGGGCCCUGGGAGCCCUUCCAGUACUACAGCGCGUCCUGCCAGCGGACAUACGGCAAGCGGCCGCGGCAGCACCUGCGCCCGGGGGAGGACGAGCGGGUGCCCUUCUGCACCGACGAGUUCAGCGACAUCUCCCCGCUCAGCGGAGGCAACGUGGCCUUCUCCACCCUGGAGGGACGCCCCAGCGCGUACAACUUCGAUGGGAGCCCCGCGCUGCAGGAGUGGGUGACUGUCACCGACCUGCUCAUCUCCUUGAACCGGCUCAAUACAUUUGGGGAUGACAUCUUCAAGGACCCAAAGGUGCUGCAGUCCUACUACUACGCCAUCUCUGACUUCUCUGUCGGUGGCAGGUGCAAAUGCAACGGCCACGCCAGCGAGUGCGCUCCGGACGAGGCCGGGCAGCUGGUGUGCCUGUGCCAGCACAACACGGCGGGCACCGACUGCGAGCGCUGCCAGCCCUUCCACCAGGACCGGCCCUGGGCCCGCGGCACCGCCGAGGCUGCCAAUGAGUGUCUCCCUUGCAACUGCAGCGGCCGCUCAGACGAGUGCUUCUACGACCGGGAGCUGUACCGGCGCAGCGGGCACGGCGGCCACUGCCGCAACUGCCGCGACAACACGGCCGGGCCCCGCUGCGAGCGCUGCCGGCAGCACCACUACCGCUGGCACCCGCGCGAAGCCUGCCAGCCCUGCCACUGCCACCCCGCGGGCUCUCUGCAACCCCAGUGUGAUAGCUCGGGGACCUGCCUCUGCAAAGCCAACGUGACAGGCUGGAAGUGUGAGCGUUGCAAGAAUGGGUACCACAGCCUCAGCGAGGGCGGCUGCAGACCCUGCACCUGCGACCCUGCGGGCAGCGUGGGCACCUGUGACCCCAACACAGGGCAUUGCACCUGCAAGGAAAGGGUGGAGGGGCCCUUUUGCAACAGGUGCCAGCCAGGCUGGUUUAACCUGCAGCCCCACAACCCCGCUGGCUGCACCAGCUGCUUCUGCUAUGGCCACUCCACCGCCUGCACAACAGCAGAUGGCUACGAGGUGACCCACAUCUGCUCUGACUUCAGCCAAGGGCUGGAGGGCUGGGCUGCCACAGCCCCAGGCACUGGGGACCUGCCGCUGCGCUGGGCUCUUGGAGAGAUGGUCACUGAGUGCCAUGGAGAGCAGCCUGUGGAUUUUCUUGCACCAGAGAAAUUUCUGGAGAACCAGCGUCUCAGUUACGGGCAGCUCCUGUCCCUGCUGCUGGGAGUGGAGAGGAAUGGCACAGGGAUGGAGACUGCAAUGCCCUUGCUCCAGGUCCAGCUGGUGCUGGAGGGUGAGGGGAUGGUGAUCACCAUGCCCGGCAGCAAGAGUCAGCCCCAGCAGGGAAAGCAGACUGUCACCUUCAGGCUGCAUGAGGCAGAGGAGGGUGCAGAACCUUUGGUGUCGACCUUCAGCUUCCAGCGCCUGCUCUCCAACCUGACCGCGCUCCGGGUCCGUGUGAGCUGCAGCCCCACGCGAGGCAGCCUGUCCCUGAGCAAGGUCCAGCUCACGUCCGCUCGCCCCGGGCCGGGUGCUGGGGCAGGCUGGGUGGAGGAGUGCACGUGUCCCCCGGGCUACAGCGGGCAGUUCUGCCAGUCCUGCGCGCCCGGCUUCAGGCGAGAGAUCCCCUUCGGUGGGCCCUUUGUCAGCUGCGUGCCCUGCAACUGCCACCAGCACGGGGACUGUCACCCUCUCUCAGGGCAGUGCUGGUGCUUGCACAAUACAGAAGGUCCCUCCUGUGAGCGCUGCAGCCCUGGGUUUUACGGCAACCCCUUCACAGGACACUUGGACGACUGCAAGCCGUGCCCCUGCCCUGACAACUCCCCCUGCACCGAGAUGCCUGGCAGUGGGGAGGUAGUCUGCACCCACUGCCCCCCAGGGCAGAGAGGCAAACGCUGUGAGCUCUGUGAUGAUGGGUUUUUCGGGGACCCCCUGGGGCAGAGGGGCCCCGUGCGUCCCUGUGUCCCCUGUCAGUGUCACGGGAACGUGGAUCUCAACGCCGUGGGGAACUGUGACCCCGUGUCGGGCCGGUGCCUGCGCUGCCUGCACAACACCACGGGCGCGCAGUGCGAGAGCUGCCGCACUGGCUUCUACGGGGACGCGCUGGCUCCUGACCCUGCCGGGAAAUGUGCACCUUGUGACUGCAACCCCAACGGCUCAGCCCCAGGGCUGGAGGGCUGUGACCCAGGCACAGGCCAGUGCCACUGCCUCCCACACGUGAUGGGCAGAGACUGUGGGCUGUGCCAGCCUGGCUACUACGACCUGCAGCCCGCCGUGGGGUGCAAGAGCUGUGAGUGCCACCCGACGGGGUCCCAGGAGAGCGGGUGCCAGGCGGUGUCGGGGCAGUGCUCCUGCCAGCCCGGCGUCACGGGGAAGCGAUGUGACCGGUGCCAACACGGCUUCUUUGGCUUCUCUGCCAGGGGCUGCCGAGCAUGCAACUGCUCGCCGCUGGGCUCCAUAACCCCACAGUGCCACGAGAACAGCACCUGCCUCUGCCACCCCGGCUUUGUGGGCUACAAGUGCGACCAGUGCCAGGCCAACUUUUUCCUCGACCCACUGAGCUCUCGCUGCCAGCAGUGCCCUGCCUGCUAUGGGCUGGUGAAGGAUGAGACCGACCGGCUGAAGAUCAGGCUGCAGGAGAUGGAGGAAUGGCUGCAAAAACCAGGCUGUGACACCCACCUGGGCCAGGCCCCCGUGCUGAGAGAUGGACCCCGGGGAGAUGGGCUGCCCAGCCCUCACCUCCUGCAAGGUGCCCGGGCUGCUCUCUUGGCACAGGUGGAGUGGCUGGCAGGGGUGCUGGGCACUGCACAGGGCCGUCUCAGCAAUGCCAGCCAGGCCACUGACUGCUCCAGCCACGGACCCCCCAAGACCUGCAUCCUGCUGUCGGAGAUCGGGGCUGUGCUGCAGUCGGUGCAGCGCCAGAUCCUGCACGCUGCAGACACCCUGGCUACCAUGGAGAUUCCCCAGGAAAUCCCUCAGCAGCUCACAAACUGGAGCCGCCGGGCGCUGGAGGCACGGGCACUGGCCGAGAGACAUGAGGAUGUGGUGGUGCGGGUGGAGGCAGCCGUGGGGCGAGCUCUGCGUGUGUCCAACGCCAGUGCUGGGCUGCUGCAGGAGCUGCUGCAGGGGGAUGCACUACGGGACCUGCAGCGUGAGCUGGAGGCUGGGUAUGAGGAAAUCCAGCGGGCACAGGAGGAGCUGGGUGCUGAUGUGGUGAAGGUGACAGCAGAGGCCAGGAGAGCUCUCACAGCUGUGCAGCAGGCAAACACAGACAUGGCUCAGAAACUUCUGCAGGUGGCUGCACUGGGGCAGCAGGCACUGCCAGUGCAGACUGGAGCCCAGGCACAGGAGCUGGCAGUGCUGGAGCAGGCAGUGAAGGAGCAGGAGCCAUCAGCUCAGAGGGCUGUCGAGGCAUCCCGCGCUCUGGCAAACAGAUUGCACCAGGAGAUGCAGAGGACUCAGAGCUUUGAGCAGCUGCAGGACCGGGCUGGCUCUGCCCAUGGCACAGCCACCUUGGCCAUCUCACAUGGGAAAGCUGUGCUCUCUGAUGCAGAAUCCCUCCUGGCCAGCUUGGAAGGCAUGAGGAAGGUGCUGGGGCCUCGGAAGGGCCAGGCUGCCCUGAGCAGGAGGAUGGCACUUGUGCAGGACAGGGCAAUGGUGGAAGCUCAGAGGAAGAUUAAACAGGCAGAGAAGACGCUGGAAAACUCCUUGUCCAUCUCCACCACAGCUCAGAGGACAGCCAAGGAGGCUGAGCAAGCUGCUGGGGAGAGUGCCAAGAGGGCACAGGCUGUGCUGCAGGAGAGCAAAGAGGCCCACAAGCAUGCCAGCCAGCUUGCAAUACGUGCCAACGAGACACAGCAGGAGCUCUCCCAGCAGAAGCAUGUGGCUGAGAAGCUCAGGAGGGAGCUGGAGGACACACACCAAGUGGCGACAGAGGUGAGUGAGAUGGCAAAAAGUCUCCAGGAAGCCCGAGGCUCACUCGUCUCAGACAUCGAGACCCUGAACAACCUACUGAGCAGUUUAGACGGCCUGGAGCAGGCGGCGCAGGCAGAGGCGGUGCUGAGCGCGGGGCAGCGGGAGCUGCAGCGGCUGUGGGCCCGGCUGGCUCAGCCCGGGCGCCUGGGUGCCCAGCUGGGCAGGCUGCAGCGGGAGGCGGCGCGGCAGAGGGCCAGGAUCCAGGCCUUCGACAGCGACCUGGCCGAGAUCCGGGCUGACAAGCAGAACCUGGAGGACAUUCUGCGCAACCUCCCCGAGGGCUGCUCGAAGUGGCAGUGAGAGGGCUCCGCUUGCCUCUGGGACCCCCACACACACCCCUGCAGAGGGAAAGGCAGAGUAAAGGACACCAGCAUCGAUCCCUCCCGCUGCUCUUCACGCUGCCCUCCAUACGAUAUCACACCCCAGCUCCUUCUCUGCACCGGCUCAGGCUCUCAUGUGCUUUGCAGCAUGAUUUCAGCUCUGGCCAUGGGCUGGGGGGGUCCCACCAGCUACCAGCCACCACCAGUAUUUCAGUGCGGGAGAUGGAGCCGUCACACAAUCAGUUUCCCACCAUGGAGUGAACAAAGAGCCAUCAUCUAUCUCCUGAGUGCUGGAAAUGUCCCUCCAUCCCUCCUUCCCCACUGCAGCACAGUGCAGGGGACAGGGACAGCUCAUCAAGUGUGUAAUGUACCAAAGCUGUGCCACCCAGCUGUGCCUCCUGCCACAGAAGAAGGGAA